GGGGAAGGCGGGGUUGGCUAGUGUGCUUGGCCCCGCCCCCUCUCUCAGGCGCGGAGCGGUCGGUGAGGCGGGAGCCGGGCUCGGGUCGGGGAGGAGCGGGAGGCGACGAGGCGGUAGGUGAAGCUAUAAGACUUGCUGUAUGGAAUCUUGUUCUAUAGCAUGGGAGAAGAGGAAGGACUCCACCAAACGCAGUUACUGGACACAAUGUUUGUGCGAGGACUGAAGAGAAAAUGUUUUGAUGGUGAAGAAGAUAUUGAAGGAACUCUGGCUGGUUUUAAGGCUAUCCCUUCAUAUAAUCUUCAGCGACAGUCACUUUUAGAUAUGUCUUUGGUCAAACUUCAAUUAUGCCACAUGCUCGUUGAACCUAAUCUUUGUCGUUCGGUACUUAUAGCCAAUACAGUGCGGCAAAUCCAAGAGGAAAUGACCCAGGAUGGGACUUGGCAGAUGAUAAAUACACAGAGUGCAGGACAGACUUCUCUAGAUCGUCUAGUUUCAACAGAUAUCCUUUGCCGUUCAUCCAAGGAACAAGCUGAAGGAAAACUGGUUCCAGUUUAUAGUACCUUCACUAAAGACUGUGAGGGUACCCAGUCACAAGAUAAUUCGGAAAUUAUGUCAACAGUUACGUCACCACAAGUUCCAAAAAACCUACAAAGUAACCUGUGGGAAAUGGAGAACCCACAAGAAAAUAGAGGAAACUUUCAAAAAUCAUUAGAUCAAAUAUUUGAGACGUUAGAGAAUAAAAGUCCUAAUACAGUUGAAGAUCUAUUUUCAGAAGUUGACAAUUCUUACUAUGACCUAGAUACAGUAUUAACAGGAAUGAUGAGCAACACAAAAAUGGGACACUGUGAUCUCGAAACAUUUCCUUCUCAGACAUCCACAAAUUCUAACUCUAACUGUAAAUCUGAUCUUAAUGAGCUUGAUCAUAUUGUGGAGAUCCUUGUUGAAUCUUGAAACUGUUAAAUGUGCAGAAGACACAGAUCCUUCAAGGAAACAGAGGACUUGUGGAAACAAUUUUUAAGAUAGUUUAUUCUAUCAAAACUGCACAUGUAUUUUAUAAAAAAAAUAUAAAGCACUUCAUAUUGCAAAAGUUAAUUUUUGAAGUUAACAUGCAAUUUGUAGUGUCACUCUGUUUUGUCCAUUUGACUGUAAAUACAUACUGUAAAUGAUUUUAAGUUAGAGCCCAAGGCUUUCAGAAUUUGGCUUUUUUUGCGAACUUUUCUAGCCUUUGAAGGGGGUGUAUGUUCAGUGAGGGUUUCUCUCUGUCCUUUGUUUUCCUUCACGCUCCUCUGGUCCCCCCCCACCC